AACCAACUUCCUGCAGCUUUCUAUUGUUGGUGUCUUGAUCUUUUGCUUCGUUCCUUCCUGCAACGCUCGCCCUUCCUUUACCUGAUUCUCUUAGUUGAAAGAAUAGAAAGCCCCUCCUCCAAACUCUCCCAGUCAUAUUUCGUGAAGAGUCCGUGGCCGAUGUCUCAAGCAAGCAUCCAUGAGGAGAAGAAGGGGUUGGCAGUAUCCGCUUCCAUGCAACAGAGCGAUAAUAUAGCGCAUGCCUUGGCCGGUGCUGGAGGCGGCAUUCUCUCGAUGGCGUUGACUUACCCGCUCAUCACUCUCUCAACGAGGGCCCAGGUUGAAUCCAAGCGGGCCCAUUCGACAAUCUAUGACGCGGUUCGUCGCAUUGUCCAGAGAGAGGGGCUUGCCGGACUAUAUUCGGGACUUGAGUCGGCACUUCUGGGUAUCAGUGUUACCAAUUUCGUUUACUACUAUUGGUAUGAAUGGACACGCUCCGCCUUCGAAAAGGCAGCUGCAAAAGCAGGAAGGGCAUCUAGAAAGCUCACAACUGUUGAGUCGAUGGUUGCCGGGGCUAUUGCAGGGAUCGCCACAGUCAUGAUCACCAAUCCGAUUUGGGUGGUGAACACCAGAAUGACAGCUCGCAAAUCUGAUUCGGAUCAGAAGUCCUUGCCUGGUGCUUAUCUUGGAAAGGAGCGAGCAUCGACAAUCGCUACACUGAUGGACUUGCUGCGCCGAGAGGGCCCAAAGGCCCUCUUCGCUGGCGUCCUGCCAGCUCUCGUAUUGGUGGUCAACCCUAUCUUGCAGUAUACAAUCUUUGAGCAAUUGAAAAUCAUCGUCGAGCGUCGUAGACGGAUGACACCCAAGGAUGCGUUCUACUUGGGUGCCCUUGGUAAGAUACUCGCUACUUCGAUCACAUAUCCUUACAUCACAGUCAAGAGCCGCAUGCAUGUUGCAAGUAAAGAGGGGCCCCAGGAGAGUUUGAAUGGGAGUUUGAAGAAAAUAAUUCAGGAAGAAGGUUAUGCUGGCCUAUACAAAGGAAUUGGGCCAAAAGUGACGCAGAGUGCAAUUACUGCGGCAUUCUUAUUUGGUUUUAAGGAUGUUUUGUACGAGGCUAUGGUUUCCAUUCGGAAGAGGGGUCGUGGGAUUUCGAAGUAGAGGCUGGCUGUAUCACUACGAGCAGUAUCGUUUUUGGGAAGGGCAGGAGGGGUUCUGACCAUUUUGACAGCCUACAGCGAACUUAGGGAAACGUUUUCUCCUUAGAUAUUUCUUACAAUCCUGUCUUACUAUGCAGCAAGGGAAUCAUGAUCCAGAUUUGGACAUUGUC